CUGUGUGGCGAGACAGGUGAGCCGUAUCAGCUGUGGGUGAAGCCGAUGGGCAGCGUGGCUGGUUUCUCCAUGUCCAGUGUCCGUCUGCUCUCCGGCAUGGGCAACUUCGAGUACCUGGUCUCACCCACCGAGUCCGAGUUCGGGGUCCCCUUGCAAUUCAAUGACCCCAUGGCGUUCAUGGUGGAGGUGUGCGGCUCAUCUCCGGAGGGCCUCCCGUUCUGCCGCAUGCACACGCAGCGCACGACCGUGCAGAGCUUCCAUCUUGCCCAGCUCAACUUCGAGGAAGCCACGUUGGAGCCCGGUGUGGAGGUGUCCCUCUCUGUGGUCCUGGAGAACCGCGGCGUCGCGGCGUCAUCCUUCUCAGUGUCAGCGCGUGACGAGCUGGGCUGGGCGAGUGCCGUGAGCCCCAGCAGCACCAUGCUGGCACCGGGGGAGAGCGCCACACUCAUCGUUACCGUGGCGGCGCCGCAGCACAUCACCGAGUUCACCAGCAGCAUGCUGCGCGUCACUGCCGAGAGCUUGGAUUCUCCGGACUCCUCCUACACCCUCAGCUUUCCCCUGAGCGUCUUCAUCGCUCCAGUGGAGAUCCCGGACACGUCCCCCCCUGCGGUGCGAGAGCUGGCGCGGAAUGUGUCGGCGUGCACGGCGGAGGUGCAGCACGGGGGUGAGGCACUGUGCUCGGCGAGCGGCUGGAGCGUCGACGUCGAAGCCAUCGACGCCGAGAUGGAGGGACCCCUCACUGUGAACAUCGCUCUUGGGGACAGAAAUGCGCUGCUAACCGUGGACAGCAUCGGCGGAGUCUACAAGAUUAAUUAUAGGUCCUCGUGCUGCAGCCCAUGGGUGACGCUGGACGUGAGUGAUUUCAUGGGGAACCUGGAGCGCUACUCUCUCGACUUCGCCGAGCCAAUGCCGACAGAGGACACCACGGCGGAAGGCGGCAGGACGGCGAUGGUGAUCGCCUUGUCGGUGGUGAGCGUGGUGCUGGUCGUCAUACUCAUCGCGCUGGGAGUGGUCAUCGGACGAUACUGCUGCCGCUCCAAGCGGGCGGUGCAGCAGGAUGCUACGCCCAGCAUCAUCACCAACCCCUGGACCAAGCCCAUGCAGCGCCCUGAUAUGAAAUAGCAACACUCAGCACAAUCUACACACACCGCAAUCCACACUCAGCACAGUCAGCCUACAUCGAGCAAACCCCCCCACCCCCUUUCUCGGCGAGUUAUUUUGCUCCUAAUGUCUCCCAUGCUCUGAAAUCGCCGUGAUUUUGAAUAAAGGAUUU